CUAUUGUAAUUAAUAGUGACAGUCUUUUGGAUGGCUGCAGUUGAGAAUAAGUUUUAUUUAUGUUGCCUGCAGAUGGCAGAGCCAGAGAAGACAAGUUCUUCAGCUGUUGAUUCAAAAGCAAAGGAGAAAAGAUCAGUACUAGAUGAGGAAAUUGGAAGGGACUUCCUUAGCUCCUGGAAGUCUAUGACGGUGACACAAGACGAUGCUCUGGAUUUUAGCUUUGAGACAAUCUCAAAGGGCAAGAAAAAGCCAUUUAACUUUGACAAGCUGGACAUGGAUUUUAAUCUGGAUGGUGAUUUUGAAAAGUUAUCAUCAUUCAAAAUGGACAUGCCCGAUCUUGACUUCUCAUCACCCUCCAAACAAAAUGCAAAAGCUAAGGAAAAAUCUAAAGAGGAAACUAACAGCAGGAAGAAACAAGUGAAAAGAGAUCGCUUUAGCUUCUCUUUUGAUUUUAAUGAGUUGGAUGGUUUUGAUUUUGAUUCAAGCCCAACGAAAGAAGAGAAGACUUGUAAGAAAAGCCAGGACAGCGAAGCAGUUGCUUCUGAGAGUAGUGAAGUUCCUAAAAUUGACCGGGCACUUGAGGAUGAUUGCAUAACUGCAAAACUUCCAGCAUCAAAGGAUGGAACCAAUUCAAAGGGUGAGACAUCCAAAGGUGGGGUAGAGGCUUGCAAUUCCGUAGAUGAUUCCUGUCCUUCAAAAGCAGUUCCUAUUCAGAGGCUUGUGCCUGGAAAUUUGGUUUCAGCACAAGGUUCAAGAAUUUCUCCAGAGAAAACAGGGGAUUCAAAUGCCAAAGAAACAUAUAAAUCAAGUCCCUUGUCAGAGAGGGCAGUUUCCUCAGAACUCUAUGAUCAGAAGUUCUUAAAAAGUUCACCCAUGGAUUCCCUCAUUGGGAAGAAUUCAAACCAAGAAACUGUUUCCUAUAUGCAGGCAGAAGUUUGUUCACAGGGAAGAAGAAUAAAUACCAGUUUAGCAGCAGAACACAAUGUUUGUGACCAAAUGAUAACCGAUGAGGUGUCCAUUCAUGAAAAAUUGCACUGGAAGAACUCAUUUGCGCUAUCAGAGAGUGAUAGAGAUGACAGAAAAGGGGCAGGUGGCAAUAUCCUUAAAGAAAGAGACGAUGGUCGAUUGGCGAAAGGUGGUAUAAUUCUGAAAGAUAUUUCCACUGCAAGUUUAUCAAGAGAAAUAGACCACACUGAAGCCAAGGAGGAUAUGCAGAAUCCAACUCCCGAACUUCCUUUGGUUUCAUCGGACAGUGAACCAACAGUCACUGAUGUGACAGCAAGAAAAGACAAAGAAGCUGGGGCUAUUUGCUCGAGGUUUUUUAGAAGAUCAGAAGAAACCAAAUCUCAAUUGCAUCAACCAUCACCAACUGGAAAAGAGGUUUCAUCAUUUAGCAGAAAAAAGAUAGGUGACAUGCAUUUUUGUUCCUCAAAUAAGAAAAGGGAGGAUACUGAUGGUAGCGAAGCACAAAAUGGAAGAAAAUUGGUUGGUUAUUCAAAAUUAAGUACCCAGGAAUUGACAAAAGGGAGGCCUGUUUUGCUUCUAAGUGAAAAAAAUGUUGGAAGUUCUAGUGAUAUCAGGGAUGGUUUCGAUGCUGAUGCUGUACAAAAUGGUGGCAGCAAAUUAAUUGGUAAAUCAAGUGUGCAAGAUACAGCAGCUGCUAAAGGAGAGCCUGUCCUUUUAAAAAGUGAAAAGAAUGUUAGUUUGCAAGCUAAUCCUCCUAACUAUGCUGAGAAGACAACUGAAUGUGGUAGCCAGACAUCCGUAAAUCCCAAACCUCAGGUUCCAAAAAUAGAAUCCAUUCAGAACUCAAAAUUUCUUUCAGAAGUACUUAAAAUUGCCAAGAAAGCACCUGGUCUCUCUAGCUAUAAAAGCACAAGGACGAUAGGACCAAACAAGGAUAAAAAAAGCUCUAAGAGGGAAACCAAUUCAUUGAGAAACUUGGAGCAAAACAAGGAUACGCCAGGAAAUACAUCUAAGAUUGUCCUUCCCGUUGGAAAUGCUGAGAAACUAACACCAAAGCUCCCAUCCUUGAAGCGGAAAACAUUUGAGGAAUCAAAGGGAGACUUAUUGGUGUUGAAACCCCUCAAAAGGCUUUCGCAAUCAAUCAGUGAAAGCAGGAAUUUUAAAGAAUCUUCUGAAAGUGUUGCAGAUAAAGAGGUUCAAAAUCAGCAGAUUCACAUGGAGGAUUUAACAAAGGAUAUUCUCUGUGACCAUCUAACCUCUGGAUCUGAAGUUCCUCAGGAGGUGAAUACGGCAGAACUGGAAUUUCCUUCAGUCAUGGAAACUGAUGGAAACGUGGAAAAGGCUGAAGCUUAUGGAAAGGAGCUUGAAGAUAUAUGCAGCAUGCUAAAAAAGAAACAUGAGGAAGCCAAAGAAAUAUUGGUUCGAGCUGUCGUGAACAACAACAAUUUACUGAUGCUUAACCUUCCCAUCUUUAAAGAGAAGAUAUCCUUUACAUUUUGUACUACUAUUUCUUGUCAUAAAACUUUCCGUUCUAACUUACAUUGCACAUUCCUUCACGAUAAAAAAACGUUCGUAUGGUUCAGAAAUUUGCUGAACUAUUGAUAUCCAAGGAAAUGCCAACUUGAUCAUUAGCGAAGACGGCGCAUAUAUAAGGUCUCUCUCUCUUUCUCUCAUACAUAGAGACAUGUAAUUUGACUUCUUCCCCCUUUUAGUUGAUAAGUUCUUGUUCCAUGCGAAUCUCAGGAUUAGGAUGCAUGUUCUCCGCUCCCGGGAAGUUAGGACCGAUGGCUCUUUCACAUGCAGAGUUAAACAACAUGGUUAGAAACUUUGCAGUAUAAAUGGUGAUUGCAUACAGUUGUGUUUUCCAGCUCUCUUCUUGCAUUUAUCUCAUUGCUUACUCCUGCUUAACUCUUGACUCAUUGAAAGCUGGUACUUGAACCAAAUCUUUUAUGAUGCAAUAAGUUGGUACUAAACAAUGAUCAACUUCCUUAAAAAUCAUGUAGAUAGUUGAAAAUGAUCUACAAUUUACAUAAUUUCUCCUCAUUUUCAUUGGUUGUAAUAUCUUAAAGGCAAGAACCCUAAAUAAACAUUCGAAAUUCUUGUCCAACCAAUGAUUUAUUAGCAGGCAUAGAGAAUUGAAGACUCCAAAAGCCCCAAAC